AUAAAGCAGUUUCAGUCGUCGAGCCCGCAAGGUCGGCUUGUGGAGCAAAGGACGGCGUGGCUGCGCGCCAAGAUGGGUGGAAUCCUGCUCGCCGCGCUGCUGGCGUGCGCGUCGCUCGCCGAGGGCCGCAUGGUCGAGGUGACGACGCGCAACUUCGACGCGGAGACGUCGAAGCCGAACCUGCUGCUCGUCUUUUACGCGCCUUGGUGCGGCCACUGCAAGCGCCUCGAGCCCGUGCUCCAGCAGCUCGCGUCCGCCGACGACCCGGGGUACCGCGUCGGCCGGUGCGACGGCACGGAGCACCGCGUCCUCACGCAGCGCUUCGGCGUCCGCGGCUUCCCGUCGCUCUUCUACGUGCGGUCGCGAGCCGAGGUCAUCCCCUACGACGGCGCGCGCGGCGCCAAGGACAUCGACCACUUCCUGCGGAAGGGCUACGCGGGCGAGGCC